CUCUGUAGAGUGCUUCACUUAUAAUGUCAAAAACAAAGAUAGUGUUUUUGUUUUUCACGCUGUUAUCUGCUGUGCUUGCAGAAAAUUCCACUGUAAUUAGCAGAAAAAGGAGGUACUUGAAUUUUCCCAAUAAGGCAACUGUGGUGAUGUCAUUUUCGCUGCUGAAAGGUAUAGCCCGAGAUUAUCGAGUUGGGCCCACAACGAAUGUCAUCACGUUCCAUGAGCUGGACGUGCUGUUCCCACUGCCCCACGACCCUAGCCCUCUCGAUCUCACCCAAACGGCUCUUGGGCAGCCUCCAAUCUUCCAGAAUGCUAUCAGUCGACACCGCAGAGAUGUCUUCAGACAACUGGAGGACGUUCUUUAUUUGCAUGGAGUGGAUGGAAGGACCUGUAUCCUGAAGGCAUUGUGUGAAGCCAGACAAACUGUACCCCAAGAAGUCGAAAACCUGAUGCUGGAUUUACUUCUUGUACUUUUCAGGCAAUCAGAAAAUGCAGAACGCGAUGAUGACACAAGAUAUCAUGUAUCUGAAGGUGAAUGCAAAACUUUCAUAAAGAACUGUCCACUUUCGGUUUUUGACAUGGCGAUGGACUGGGCCGAGCAGUACUAUAAUGAAAUGAGAAUUAAAUCAAUUUAAAUUGA